AUGGCACCAAAGUCAGGAGCAUUCCGGCACUUGCAAAGGCGUAUGAGAAGAACGCUUAACUAUGGAACUCGCCGUAUGCAAAAUCUUCCUUUUUCAUUAUCCGGUAAUUCCCAAGUUGCAUUUUUCUACUGUUUGUUGCCAUUUUAUUACGGAGCAAGAAAGUACGGAUGUGUCGAUGCUUGUACAUUCUUGGUCGCUAUGGUGUAUGUGGACAGGGUUCGAAUUGCGGACAAAGCAUACUUCGAGUGUUCAGAUCCCAACGAUAUAUACCUUCCUGCACUGGUUAUUGCGUCGAAAUUUUUACAUGAUGGUGGUUUGGAAGAAUUUGUUUACAACGACGAAUGGGCAGCAUCGGCAAGCACUUCACUCAACAGGGUUAAUGAACUGGAACUGAAAAUCCUCGAUAUAUUGUCCUGGGACGUCAGCGUGAGUGGGAAAGACUUUGAACGUGUUCUUUAUGAGGCUGAGGCGUGGGUAGCAAGGAACGCUUUGCUAAAACAGGGCUUCCUCACAUACAAUGAAGCAGCAAUAUUAAGCUCAAGAAUCUCUUUAUUUCACAACAUUUUGCUACCUUUCAUAUCAAUUUUUGCGAGUCUGCUGGUCCUUUACUCUGCCGUAAUGUUUUCAGUGCUAGUUCUUCCCAAAGUGGCUCUUACCUACAGAAUUUAUGUUAAUGGUAAUUUGAGUUGUUUUUUAACACUUUAUUCACAAAGGGUUUUUGAACUAAGCUCAUUGUACAGGCGUUUAUUUGAAGUCCGGUUUUUAACUAUGCGGGUGCUAGGUGGUGUAGGCAUCAUUUUUUCUGCAGGAAAAUGUUGUCAUGUCGACUUUUAG